AUGUUAUCAAUAGUAUUGCUGAGAUUUAUAAUAAAAUCUCAUCCAGCAUGGAAUGAAUAUGUUUUACCAAUACUGUAAAUUUAUAUUGCUUACAUUUGGAAUUUGGAUAAUUUUUUCCCCACUACAACAGAAGAUCCAAACUAUGAUUAUGAUGCUAGUUAUGAGUAUAACUGGUAUUAUGGAUUUCAAGCAUUCUACUUUCAUUUCGGUAACUUUUAUUAAAAUGUAUAUAGCAAUUUUGCAACUAGGUUAUUAAAUAUGGCCUUAGGCAAUUGCAUUGCUAGCUAUUUAUAUUUAAUAUGUUACUUACUAUCCUACAAAUACAUUAGAAUAUUAAGCUAUGUGUACGACUAUAUUUAUGGUUUUUAUUGGUUUAGUAGUUAUGAAAUACACAAAUGAAAAAAUUAAACGACUUUAAUUUAGGGAUAGUAGAGAAUAGAAUAGAUGGAUUAAAAUUAUAGAUUAAGUUUUAGAUUAAUCGAUCGUUGUUAUUAAGUUUGAUUAAAAAUAAGAUUAAUUAAUUUUGUUAUAAAUAAAUGAUAUUUCAAAGACAAGAUUAAAAAUUUAAGAUAAUAAAGAAUUUAGAGAAAUGCUCAGAAAUGUAUGAUUAUUAUUAUUCUUUAGAUGGUUAUAGAAAAUAAUUAAUUGGAUAAAGAUGAGAUUAAAUUAAAAAAUUUAGAAUAAGAGAUAAGAGAUCUUAUAAUAAAAAAUGAAUAAUAUAAAUUUAUUACUCAUUAAGUAGAUGUUCGAUCAAAUGUUUUACAUAAAGCAUAUAAAGUUAAAUUGAUAUAGUAAGUUUUAUCUGAUGAAUAUUGUGUGAUUGCAAUAUUUGAAUAAAAUUUAAAAAAUGAAAAUAAAUAACUUGAAUUAGAAGUUAGAUGUAAAGAAAAUAUAUUUAUAUAUUUGUUAAAGCAGUUUUUUUAAUAAAUCAAAACGGCAAAGACUAAAUUAUAAAUUUUACACUCAAUGAUUAAUUUUUAACAAAUUCGUUUAUUACUUAAUGGUUAAAAUCUUAAGUUUACAUAAAGUUGGAUUUCAACAAAUUAGAUUCGUAAUUAAAUUAAUUUAAUAUAUUCAAAGAGAAUUAAAAUUACGAUAAAAAAAGAAUUAUAAGGAUUUUUUACUAAUUAAAUUUAUUUUUUUAGCAUCUUAAUGAGUAUUUCAUAAAUUUUUGAUGAAUUUCAACAUAUAAAAAUAAAAGGCAAGACAAUACUAAAUAUUUAAAGAGUAAAAAUUACAUUAAUGGGAAAGAUUUGUGAUUUGGAAUCCUAACAAAAAUUAUUAAAAUUGAAUUUAAAUUUAAGUUAAACGCUUAGAGAGAAUUAGAAGAUAAUUUUAAAGUAGAUUUAAAAAUUAAUUAACAACAAAAACAUACUGAUAUAAUAGAAAAAUUAAAUAAUUUCAAUAUAUUUAAAUAAAUUUUUGUUAUGGGAAGGAUUCAGAGAAAAGCAUUUCAAUCUCAAAUACAAAGAUGGUUUGGCUCAUCUUUCUUUUGAAUUUGAAGUAUGA